UCGGCAAUAAUUAGUGAAUCAAUAAUUGAUUUUGAUAAAUAUUCAAGUUUCACAAAGUUACAGCGAGUAUUCGCUUAUAUACGUAGAUUUUUAUUUAAUCUUAAAAAUAAAGAUAAGAAACGCUUAGGUGUGUUGUCCGUUAAAGAGUUGCGUGAGUCAUUCUAUUCAUUAUGCGUUAUCGCUCAGGUUCAGUUAUUUACUAAUGAGUACGACUUGUUAUUGAAAGACAAGCCUUUAAAUAAUAAUAGUAAGUUACUAUCGUUGUCACCUUUUUUAGAUGAAUGCAAACUUAUUCGGGUUGGUGGUCGACUCGAUGCGUCGGCGCAGUCGUUUGAAAAGAAGCACCCCAUUUUACUUCACGCAUCUCAUAGAUUAACUAAGUUAUACUUUAAAAGGGAACACCUAAAUCACAUGCAUGCGGGACCACAGUUAUUGUUGGCUGUUGUGCGUGAAACAGUGUGGCCUAUUAAUGGUAGGAACCUUGCAAGGCGCACCGUUAACAAUUGCGCACGAUGCAGGCGGCUACGCGGCAUAACGUUGCAACCCAAGAUGGGUAAUCUGCCAUCUCAACGCAUCACGCCUGAUUAUCCUUUUUUAUCCGUUGGCCUAGACUUUGCUGGACCUUUUUAUAUUGUAAAUCGUAAGGGACGCGGUAGUCGCGUAAUUAAAUGUUAUUUGUGUCUUUUUGUAUGUUUACGGUACAAGUGUAUUCACCUGGAAGCUGUCAGCGAUUUGUCAAAGGAUGCAUUCAUAAUGACACUUCGACGGUUUAUUGGUCGUCGGGGCAAACCAGCUGAAAUAUUCAGCGAUAACGGAGCCAACUUUGUGGCCGCCGCGAAAGAAAUAGGAUCAUUCUUAGCGGAAAUCCAGGAGCCUUUGUAUCAUUUUGCAAGUCAGCAGUCAAUUAAAUUUAAAUUCAUCCCGGCUUACACUCCUCAUUUCGGUGGCAUAUGGGAAGCCGGUGUCAAAUCGGCGAAGUAUUUUAUAAGACGCGUUAUAGGCGACAGUCACUUCACAUUUGAAGAGAUUUCAACUUUGUUUGCACAAGUGGAGGCUAUUCUCAACAGCCGCCCCUUGUGUCCUCUCUCUUCCAAUCCUAAUGACCUCCUCCCUCUCUCGCCAGGGCACUUCAUUAUUGGAAGACCGUUGACUGCUCUGCCAACACCAACACUGGAGGAUGUCAAGGAAAGCCAGCUACGACGCUAUGAACGGCUGGAAAGGACGCACCGUCAUUUUUGGAAGAGAUGGCAGCGGGAGUAUCUGUCUGAAUUGCAGCAGAGGACUAAAUGGAAGGCGAGCUCAUCAAAGCUCGAUAUCGGAGACAUGGUACUCUUGGCUGACGACAACGCAUCGCCACUUGCCUGGAGACUCGGCCGAGUUACACGACUCAUAUCCGGCCCUGAUGGAAUUUCCCGAGUAGCAGACAUUCUCACCAACAGGGGCAACGUGCGGCGCUCGCUAGUACGGCUCUGCAGGCUACCCACCGCGGAGGAACUAAAGGGUUAUUGAAAGCAAGCUUUCAAUGGCCGGGAGUAUGUUCAGGCGCAGAACGCCUUCAAGAAAGUUAAUAGCAGCUAGUUGCGCUCGGUCGUAGCAUCAAUGUUCUAUGUAGGCGUUUGUUUAUUCUCAUACAAAAUGAAAUGUCAUCGGGCACUUGCCCUUGACACAUUGUACGUGUAACAUCUCGUGUUUUAAUUAAAUGUAUAUUUGAAACA